AUGCUGGGCCUGAAAGCGACGAUGUCGAUUAUCGACAACUCGGGCGGGUUGAUCGCCGAGUGCAUUAACGUGCUGCGCUACAAGAGCUCCAAGGGUCUUGGCCGUGUCGGCGACGAAAUUGUGGUGGUGGUGCAAAAGGCGCGCCCGAUUCCCACGAACCAGAUUCCGGGCAGCGCGGCGAAUGCGCUCAAGGUGCGCCGUGGCGACGUGCGCCACGCGGUGAUUGUGCGCACCAAGAAGGAAGCACAGCGCCCGGACGGCCGCGUGGUCAAGUUUGACGACAACGCGUGCGUUCUUCUCAACAACCGCAAGGAACCGCUCGGCACGCGCGUCAACGGCGUCGUGUCCAGCGAGCUGCGCGAGCGCGGCUGGGGCAAGAUCCUCAGUCUCGCGCCAAAAGUUGUUUAG